UGAUGAUUGCAUUUACCGGCCUUCUUUUUCGUUUUCCUUUUAUUCUUUUCUUCGUCCCUUUACUUUUACCUUUCCAAUUCCGACAAACCACAUACAUAAUCCCCAUCGAAGAAACCCACAUAUAUUUUCUUGAUUUAAUUUCCCGGAUAAAUAACCCAAUAAUUUUUAUUUUAUUGAAUGGUUUGAAUAAAGAUUGAGUCUUUCCAGAUAAGUUUCUUAUUACCACAUCGUGUUAUCAGAAGAAUCUUAUUACCAACUUUCUUUUUUGGAGAGAAGAAUAAGCAGGGAAGCUUGGCUUGCAGCUGAAUUAAAGAACAGAAUUUGUCUGUAAUUUUUGUGAAAUCUUGGGAUUAAGUAUGGGGAAACAUAGUGGAAAGAACAAGAAAUCUCUAGGAGAUAAAUCGAAGGAAUCGUCGAAUGCCAAGCAGACUAAGGCCAGCGAAAAUGGCCCGAAACCGUACGAUAAGGACACGGCCGUAUUUAUUUCAAUGUCGCAGGAAUUGAAAAUCGAAGGCAAUGGGUUGUUUCAGACAAGGGAUUACGAAGGCGCAAUGUUGAAAUACGACAAGGCCAUAAAAUUGCUUCCUAGGAGCCACGUAGACGUGUCUUAUUUAAGGAGCAAUAUGGCCGCUUGCUAUAUGCAGUUGGGUAUUACCGAAUUCCCGAGGGCGAUCCACGAGUGCAAUUUGGCGCUCGAAGUGACGCCGAAUUACAGUAAGGCCCUUUUAAAGAGAGCUAGGUGUUACGAAGCGUUGAAUAGGCUCGAUUUGGCGCUUAGGGAUGUCGGGACCGUGCUGAAAACAGAGCCGCACAAUCUCAUGGCACUCGAAAUUCAAGAAAGGGUGAAAAGAAGUAUCGAGUUACGAGGGUCGAGAGAAAACGAAAUAGCUAAAGAUUUGGUUGUUCCUUCGCCUCAAACGAAGGCACCCAAAGAGAAGGCACGGAAAAAGAAGAACGAGAAGGGAGUGAAAGAAAAGACUGAAAUUAAAGAAAAGAUCGAGGAGAAGAAAACGGAGGAUAAAUUGGUGGUGGAGGAAGAAGUAGUUAGUAACGGUGCGAGCGAAGAGGGUAUCACGAGAAGGGUAAAAUUGGUAUUUGGAGAAGAUAUAAGACGGGCCGAUAUUCCUCUUCACUGCGAUGUAUUGAAACUGAGGGAGAUUAUUUCGGAUCGGUUUUUGAGUUUGGAUGCUGUACUUGUUAAGUACAGGGAUCAAGAAGGCGAUUUAGUUACGAUCACCACCACAGACGAACUGAGGUUGGCCGAAGAAUCUGCGGAACAUGGCUCGGUGAAGCUUUAUAUAGUCGAAGUUAAUCCAAAUCAAGAUCCUUUCUUCAAAAAGAUUCGUCACGAUGAAAUGGGAGAUAAUCUUGAAACGAAAACUAUUGCCGAAAAUGGACGGAAAAAGGAAGUAGUACAGAGUGAGUCGGCUUGUAUCAGUGAUUGGAUCGUUGAGUUCGCUCAAAUAUUCAAGAACAACGUCGGGUUCGAAGUCGAUUCGUAUCUCGAUCUGCACAAGAUUGGAACGAAGCUAUAUUCGGAUGCCAUGGAGGAAACGGUCACAGGCGAAGAAGCGCAAGACCUUUUCUCGAAUGCCGCCGAUAAAUUCCAAGAAAUGGCGGCUUUGGCUCUAUUCAACUGUGGUAACGUACACAUGUCGAUGGCGAGGAAGAGGGUAUAUUUCGCGGAAGAUUCUUCAAGAGAAUCGCAGAUCAAAUCCUCGUACGAUUGGGCGCAGACGGAGUUCGCGAAAGCGGGAAAAAGAUACGAGGAGGCCUUACAAAUAAAACCCGAUUUUUACGAAGCUGUCGUAGCGCUCGGGCAGCAGCAAUUCGAGCAGGCGAAGCUGUCUUGGUACUAUGUAAUCGGGACGAACGUUGAUCUUGGAUCGUGGGAUUCGACUGAGGUUAUUCAGCUUUAUAACAAGGCCGAGGAAAACAUGGAAAAAGGUAUGCAGAUGUGGGAGAGUGGUGAAGAACAACGAGUCAGUGAGCAGAAAAAUAAAAAAAUCGAGAAUAUAUUGAAGAAAAUGAAAUUGGAUAAUUUCUUGAAGAAUGUAUCAGCGGAUGAAGAACAGGCUGCGAGUAUUCAGUCUCAGAUAAAUGUAUUGUGGGGCACUAUUUUAUACGAGAGGUCGGUUAUGGAAUUUAAAUUAGGGUUGGAUGCAUGGCGAGAAUGUCUCGAGGUCGCUCUCGAGAAAUUCGAACUCGCCGGUGCUUCUGAGACGGAUAUUGCUGUUAUGAUAAAGAAUCAUUGUUCGAACGACACUGCAUCGGAAGGUUUAGGGUUCAAUAUCGACGAACUUGUAGAGGCGUGGAAUGAUAUGUACGAAGCGAAAAAAGUGAGGAGCAGCAUUGCCUCGUUUAGGUUAGAGCCGCUGCUCCGAAGACGAGUUUCGAAGCUUUAUUAUGCACUUGAACAUGCGUAGAUACGCUACUUUGGACGUAUCUGUAGAGGGUUUUUUGUCCAGCUCAACAUUGCGCUCGGCAAAGAUUUUGUGGUUUUGUUGCAUCUUUUGGCUUUCGUGUUGCAUCGACUUCUAUUUCAGCUGUUGUUUUAUCUGGUCGAAAUAGUUGAUGGCAGAAUAUCGUUUUUUUUCUCGUUUCUGCUUCAUUCUUGUGACCUCCCUGGUGUUGUAAGAAUUUCGAAAAGAUUUUUUUUUUUUUUUUUUUUUUUUUGGGGGAUAGUAUUCAUUAUUGGUUGUAUGUUAUAUUUUUUUCGUAAUAGUUUGAGCUGGAAUGUAUUAUUAAUUUUAUUUUUAACAUGUAAUUCGGUUUUGAAGUCAGUAUCAUGUUUAUGAAUUUUCAGACCUGUUCUGUAAUCAUUUAUAACAAAUAAUUUAGUUUUA